AUGUCCAGACAACACAUGCUUCCUCUUCUUGCCUUGUUGUUACUGAGCUUUCUGGUGAAUGACUGUGGAGCGCAGGCCGUGAAUAACGAUGAGGUCGUUUGGACGACACAGUCCGGUUGGAAUGAUAUGAAGAAAUGUGCCCGGUGCAAAUUUGAUUACGUCUUUUGCAACUGGCCAGGUAGCCUCCAGGGGGACAUUGGCUGCAACACAAAUGCCUGCAUGUGCCGGGCCAGCACGUUGGGCCAGACACUCAAGAAGGUAUCUGACUCCGUGCUGUCUGCCUGCUCGAAUUACGAUGAUCAACGAGACGCGACAAGCUUCUUGAUAGCUUACUGCUCUGAUAAGGGCUACACAAGCAUCGGCUCUGCCGUGAUAGCCAGCUCGACAGCCAGGGUUAGCUCCGACUCUCGUGUUAGUUCACAAACAUCCGAAGCAGUGACUGCCGCGACGACAGAAUCUCGAACAACUGCGCCGGGUGCGAUCAGCACACAGAUCGUUAGUAACGGUGUCACAUCUGUAAUGACCAUCACAAAAGGGCCAGAGCAGACAUCUUCAUCCACAACCAGCACCGGGAACAACGACAGUACCAACUCAUCAUCUCGCGACGGAGAAAAGCUAAGCAAAGCAGAGCUGAUUGGGAUCAUCGUUGCUGUAGUUGGAGUGUUCAUCGCUGCUCUGACUCUGUGGGUGACUUGGAGAGGGAGGAGACGCCGCCGCAACAAGAGCAAAGCAUUGGCGACUUCUUUGCCAAAUUCUGGACACCGGCUGAAGAACAUUCCUAUCCAAAACCAAAACGAGGCUUAA